UCCGCCUUGUCAUCCCUCUCUCUCUCUCUCCAAUAUCCUGAAGCGAUCAGGAAGUACCGGGGGGGGGUUGGAAACACGGCAAGGAGCAGGUUGCAGGCGGGGAGAGAUGGUGUGCGGUGACUAGGUGCAUCCUCCCAACCCCUGGUAGGAGAAGGAGCUGCGGUAAGGCCGGCACCGGGAGCCAUGGCAAGUGCAGUUUCAGGGGUGACCCUCCCGGGGCUUGUUGCUAAUGUUUCCGAGCGACACAACAGCACGCUGCCACAUAUCUGGAGUAACUUGCACCCUUAUCAGACCAAUGGGGCUCGUUUUGCUGGUGGGGCAGAAAUCAAGCCCUUGGCUGAGAACUUUGAUUUCGUCUGGUUGAAGGGUGUAGUCAGACAAGUUGAUGAUGGAUUCCCCUGUGUUGGUCACGCUUUCAUCCAUGCCUCACUGACUGUGAUCUCAGUAAAAGCUGUCUCUGGGAUGGUGACGAGCUCCAUUCAGGGCCAGCUUCAGUUCCAGUAUCCCAUAUUCUACGUCAUGCUUGUCAUUAUGAUCGCAUCUUGUAUUUUCCAAGUACAAUUCUUGAACCAAGCAAUGCGACUCUAUAAUGCAACAGAAGUGGUGCCAAUCAACUUUGUUUUCUUCACAGCUAGUGCCAUCAUAGCAGGAGUGAUAUUUUAUCAGGAGUUCCAUGGCGCUGCCUUGCUUAAUAUAUUUAUGUUCUUAUUUGGGUGCAUGCUGUCAUUCCUUGGAGUUUUCCUGAUAGCCAAAAACAGAGAAAAGCAGACAUCCGAAGUCCCGUAUAUUGACAUGGGCCCUGUUCCAAAGCAAAGGAACACCGAGAAAAUCCAACCAGGGUUGAACAACAUCAAUUCUUAUGGAACUAUACAUGACGAAGAACAGAAUAAUGACUCUCCAAGUGAAAAUGUAAAAUAACCACUAAAACACAGAUUGGAUUUAAUAUUCGGGCAAAGCAUUAACUGAACUUUAACAUCUCAUCGAGUUAGAUAUUUUUAGCAUUUUUCCAGCCUGGCCUGGGAUCCCUCAUUUGACAAUAUUGUGUCUGAACUCAGCACUGUUGAGCCAGUUGUGGUUCAGUCAGUCCAUGCAAGUGUUUACAGUGGAAAAUAACACUCCUUUUAUAGUUGCCAGUUGUUUUUAAACGUGUGUAUCAGAUGGUCAGUCUUCCUGACCCUGUUUGAUAUUGGACCACUAACUUUGAGCUGAAGAGUUCUUUUCUACUUAGAUUUCACACGCACCUCUGGACAAAUGGACACAUGUUUAUUCCCAGGUUUAAACAAAGAAACAAGACAGAAAUUCUUUCCAUUGUUUAUUUAAUCUGUUGUAUAAAAUGCACUUAAGGAGAUCAGCUCAGCUGCUUCAUUCAAUGGAAAUGCAAGAGGCAAAUCAAUCAGGAAAAAUGUCAUCUACACUGGGGAAUGAUGUUGAUUGUUUUAAAUAACAAGAACACACUCUCGUACUGUGUUUUCAUGACCUCAGGAAAUCAUAAAACUUAAAGCGCAGGGACAAGGGGACAUGAAUUUAAGGUUUUCAGCAUUAGAAUGGGCAUGGAAUGGGACAGGGAAUGUUCUAAGAAGGAAAGAUGUUGUUAAACUUGGACAGGUUCAGGAAAAAUUUAGAAGGAUGCUGCUGAUUGGAAGGUUUGAGCUAUAGGGAGAGGCUGAAUGGACU